UCUGUCAGGGAGCCUCUUCGAACGGUGGAUGUUCUGCGGCGAAAUGGAAACCAGCGGUGAGGUGUGAUACGGCCGCGUUCGUUGUUUCUGCAGAGACUUUUGCUUUUCGUCUGUUUAUCGGGAGUUAAUCUUCGUAAGCAGCACCAUAAAAGCAUCAUGUCUUCUGUAGAUCCAAUGUUCAAGUCACUGCCCAAAAACAGCACAUUCUUUACUAUAUGGCGAAUCGAGAAAAUGCAACUUGUGCAGCUCCCCAAGGACAGUUAUGGCUAUUUCUUCAAUGGAGAUUCAUACAUUGUGGCAGCGGCAUCAGACAACACUGAGAAACCAAACUGCUACAUGAAAAGCAAGAAAGCAGUCGGAAACCUCGACAUUCACAUUCACUUUUGGCUUGGAGCACAAACAUCUCAGGAUGAAGCAGGUGUGGCAGCGUACAAGACUGUGGAGCUGGAUGAUUUCCUGGGUGGCUCCCCCGUACAGCAUCGAGAAGUACAAGGCUUUGAGUCACAGAGAUUCCUGUCCUACUUCCCCCGUGGAGUGAGAAUCCAAAGUGGAGGGGUCGCGAGUGGUCUUGCACAUGUUGAAGAGCAGACUAUUGCACGCAUGUACCACGUGAAAGGGAAACGCCGGCCCAUUGUGAAAGAGUUGCCAGGUGUCAACUGGAAUCAUAUGAACGACGGGGACGUAUUUGUAAUUGAUGCUCGGACAAUCAUCUUUGUGUGGAAUGGCCGCUUUGCAAACCAUGUUGAGAAAAUUCAGGGUGCAGUUACAGCACAGCAACUCAAAUCUGAGCAUGGUGAGGGCACCAUUGUCAUUGUUGAAGAUGCACAGGAGAAGCUUCUUGGCUCACCCGAGAAAGAGUACUUUAACCACCUGCUACCACUGGAAGACAAGAUGGUCAAGAGCCACCGAGAAGUGCUUAAGGAUGAGGCUGCUGAGAUCCAGCAUCGCGGUGGUGUGAAGCUUUACAGGUGCUCAGAUGAAGGUGGCACGCUGAGGGUUACAGAGGUGAAAGCAGGGCCACUUGAGCAGAGUGAUCUUAACACUCAGGACUCUUACAUUGUGGAUAAUGCGGAGGCUGGAAUUUGGGUCUGGGUCGGCAAGAAAGCCAGCCACAAGGAGCGCACAGAAGCCAUGCGAAAUGCCCAGGGAUUCAUUAAGAAGAAAGGCUACCCUCACUGCACGCAAGUCGCUCGUGUUGUCGAAGGUGGGGAACCUACUGAGUUCAAGUGCCUCUUCCGAUCAUGGAACGAAACCAAUCACCUUGUUGGUGUUGGGAAAGCACACUCUGCGACAAAAAUUGCAAAGACAGUGCAGACCAAGUUUGAUGCUUCUGCACUACAAAGCAACCCAAGUCUAGCAGCUCAAAUUCAAGUUGUGGAUGACGGAACUGGCAAAAAAGAGGUUUUCCGGGUCAAGAACUUGGAGCUGGUGCCUGUCGAUGCGCGAGAGCAUGGGAGGUUUUUCUCAAGCGGCUGCUACGUCAUUGCUUACGUUUACGAGUCCGGAACAAAAGAGGAGUGUAUCAUCUACAGCUGGCUGGGGAAAAAUUCAACCAAUGAUGAACAUGUGACAGCAGAGGCCAAGGCUCUGGAACUGGAUGACCGGUUUAACGGACAAGCUACGCUGGUGAGACUUUGUCAAGGCCACGAAACCCCCCACUUCAUGAUGAUAUUUUCAGGGCAGAUGAUUGUCUUUGAGGACGGUGAUAGUAACCACUAUAAUGGGGGUGGUGUGCACAACGGCAACGGUGCCUCAGACUGGGCCGGCUACACCAACAGCAUGUACCUUCUGCAAGUGCAUGGAACCACAGAGCACAAUACGAAGGCUGUACAAGUACCUUUUACAGCUGCCUCGCUUAACUCCGGUGAUGUGUUCCUACUUUUCUGUGGUUCUAACGUGUACCUGUGGGCAGGACGCAAGAGCACUGGUGAUGAACGUGAAAUGGCCAAAAAGAUUGCAACGGGAUCUGGAAGGGAGAUAAUACUGGUGUCUGAAGGCCAAGAGAAGCAAGAAUUCUGGGAUGCCAUCGGAGGAAAGUUACCAUACAACAGUGAGAAGAAUGUACAGGAGGAGUCUGGAAUCAGGGCUGCUCGCCUAUUUAGUUUGUGGGACAUUAAGGGCAACUAUGCUCCCCGCGAGGUUGUGGGCUUCGACCAGAGUGACCUGCUCGAGGAUGAAGUGAUGCUGGUGGACGCUUGGCACACACUCUUCGUCUGGAUAGGCUACGAAGCCAAGAAGGAACACCGCAAGCUGGUAUACCACAGUGGAGAGGAAUACCUGCGCACUGAUCCAAGUGGCCGUCCAGUGACCAUUCCAAUCGCAUGUGUCAAGCAAAAUGUGGAGCCACCGAAUUUCAUUGGACUGUUUAGCACAUGGGAUGAUAACUUCUGGAAGACGCUCCCCACAUACCAGAGCAUCAAGAAUGAAAUUGAAGAAAGCAACCAAACAGCCCUGGCCAUGCAGCAACAAGCAGCAAUGUACCGAAACUCAAGGUCAGAGGUGGAGAAGUUUCCUUUUGACAAGCUGCAUGUAAAAAAUCCCGAGCAGCUGCCAUCUUGUGUUGACCCUGCUAACAAAGAGCUGUACCUGAAUGAUGAGGACUUCCAACAAAUCUUUGCCAUGAGCUAUGAACAGUUUGAUGUCCUGCCCCGAUGGAAAAAACUUGACCUCAAGAAAAAAGUGGGGCUCUUCUGAGAUGAAAGUGACAUGGAAGCACAAGGCAAAAUUGGCUGCGGAGCUGGUACACACCCUCAAGCCAACUACCAACCAAAGAUAGAUGCUUUGAAACAUUAUUUCUCACAAGAUUGUCUUUGGCAGCUUGCUGCAGGAGAAAUGUGAAAAAUAUUUUAUACGAGACUUAACAUUUUUUUUAUGGGACCAAGCUUUAAUAAAAGGCCAGAUUCCAAGCACGA